CCAUCGCUAAGUUAUUUUACUUAUCAAAAUAAACAUAAGGAUGCCGCUCAAGACCGAGGAUAUACACGAGAAAAUAAAGAUUGGCGUCUACAAACUGGCUGUGAAUGAUAAGAGCACUCGCAGCACUGUGUGGCGGGUGUACCGCAAGAUCCAGAAGGACGAUGGCAGCUUCCUGGAGCACGUACUCUUCUGCAUUGGCUGCAAGAGCAUCAUGUCCUUCACCCACAAGUCCACGACGAAUCUAAGACGGCACCGGUGCCACCUACAGUACCUCAAAAAGCAUGCCUUCUAUGACAGCACUUCUGGAAGUGAGUCCACCGAGAGGAAGGAGGAGCCGGAGCUGGAGGCCAAUGAGGAGCAUGUGGACCAGCAGUCCAUGUCGGAUGAGCUGGACAGGAAGCCCACUGCCGCCGAUGUGGCCGCCUUUGUGGCCGGCGUCGCCAGUGGCGGGGACUCCGCGCUAGUUCCUACUUCAGCCAAACUGCCGGACGUUGCCGAGCUCCCGCUUGACGUCAGCGGAGCCGAGGAGUCCAACAUCUACGCCCAGACCUGGUCCCUGGAGUACCGCAAACUCAGCGAGGACCAGAAAUUCUAUGCCAAAAAAGCCAUAGACGAAAUCCUCGUCUUGGGCAGACUGCGUCGUCUGACACUAAACACGGUGCCAACGGCGGAGUAGAACGCUAAGCAAGCUCUUUUUCAUUUAAGCUUAUCUUAUAUAACUUGUACAUAAUGUAUUUAUUAUAGUAUCCAAUGGUCUCGGAUAUAAAGCAAUAAAAUCUUUGA